AUGGCACCAAGUCUUCUGUCGAGCUUCUCCGCGGUCAUUCUCGCAACCACAUUGGCUACCGCGCCUACUGAGGCCGCGUCAACCAACAGCAGCGCCUCGCACGCACCGUUCGGAACUAUCACGUCCAAGCCUGGCGAGUGCGUUGUCGGCAACCCCAACACGUAUAUCUCCGCUGAAGACCUUACGUGGAUCUGGAACAACCGAAUGAAGAGCGACGUGGAGCCAUACAACAACUGGAUCAUGGACCACCUCGUCAAGAACAAAGGUUCCAUCAAUUACUGCAUCCGCUGGGACAGUAACAAGAAAUUGACCAAGGAAAUUGCGGCCAAGCUCCAGCCCAUGUUGACCCGCCAGCACGCUGCGUGGAACCGCUGGCUUAUCGGGUAUGACUGCUGGCCGUACAACGAGAUCAAGGUCAACGUCGUGGGUAUUGCCGUCAAGGACAAGUCUGUGCUGGGUUGGAAUGACGACUCGCUCGGUAAGGUUUACGUCGGUGACCUGGACGAUAAGGGUUCUCCGCAGUGCCCCGAGAACUGCUAUCGUGGUGCUGAUAGCUACUCUGGCAAGUGGUCGGAGUCGAGUGGAUGUGAUGGCAAGCCAUUCGAUGUCUCCCUGUGGCCGACGCAGGGUCUUGGUGGUGGCUGGGGAACGUACUGGGGCCAGCAGGUGGACCUCGACAACAUGCUCGAGCACCUUGACGACGAGGAACUAGAAAUUGUGUCUCACGAAAUGGGCCACGGCUUCGCUCUCCCCGAUUUCUACCAAGAGGCUAAGCCAGCCAAUUUCAAGCCGUGUCUCAUGGACGCGACUACUUCGUCAACGGUGAGAGACACGGACGGCUGGCUGCUGCGUCGAGUGCUGGAGUACAAGAAGCGCAACUACAAUUUCUGAGUUUCAACUGUAGGAGUUCUACACUUAUACAUGUAUGAACGGAUGAGUGUUUGAAAAUCGCACCAGAUCACCCUCGUACUUCGAGUAGAUUCAACGCGUGGAUACUUGUAUCCUCGAUAGUGUCGUAGCUAAAGAAAUUUAAAU